AUGGAGAGUCAACGUAAAUCUGUAAGAGAAACCCUCAUACAAUCUGUCGGCUUCUGUCCGAAAGAUGCAAUCGGAUGGCUAUAUGCAGCCCGAGGCUACUACAAGAUAAAAGACUACCAUUCAUGCGUAGAAUGUGUCGCCCCGGCUCUCCGUAACGAAAAGACUAGACGAGAAGCCCAACAUUUACUCGCAUUCUCCCUCAUGCAUACAAAUCAAACAGAGGCUGCUGCAGGUGCAUUCUUCAAGUCCGUGUCUCUGGGAAAUGAUACGGAUUGGCAACCACUCGUAGAACUGUUUCUGGAACAUCCGAAACUUCGUCUGACAUAG